AUGACUCAAGAAAGCAACCCCAACCCGGACCUCCCAUCCCAUCCCAGAGCCAAAAAACCUCAAGGAGAUAUUUCCUUCUUACAAUUAUUUCGUUACGCAACUCUAUUAGAUAAAGUCCUCAUUGUUAUAGGAACCAUAUUAUCAAUAGUCAACGGGGCUGCUAUGCCUUUGUUGACUAUUAUCUUCUCAGAUGCAAUACAAGCAUUCGCAACGUUCACAUUAUCGGUUAGAGAUAAUGGCUUUACUGAGGCCGCUGGAGAUGAUUUGUAUAAUGCGGUAAUAUCAAAGGUGAAAUUAUUUAUAAUGCUUGGGGUAGCAGUAUUCUCUGUUUCUUACAAACAGAUAGCAAUAUGGAUGAUUGUUGGAGAAAGGCAAGCCAAGCGCGUUCGUCAAAAGUAUUAUGAGGCAAUCUUGCGUCAAGACAUGUCCUUCUUUGAUUCUGUUUCCACUGGUGACGUUACAACUCGUAUUUCUUCCGACAUCAACCUUUUUCAGGAGGGUAUCUCUGAAAAAGUUGGUUUAAUCGUACAAUAUGUUUCUACUUUUAUCACUGGAUUUGUUAUUGGAUUCACUAAAGGGUGGAAACUUACUCUUGUUUUAUGUUCUGUGUUUCCACUUUUGGCAAUCACUGGUGGUCUUAUGGGUAAAUUACUUGCGGCCUCAACUCGACAAGGACAAGAUGCUUAUGCGGCAGCCGGUUCAGUGGCAGAACAAGUCCUCUCCGGCAUUCGCACUGUAACCGCGUUUGGUGGUCAAGAGCGCGAGCUACGGCGAUACGUUAGCAAGUUGCAAAUUGCAUACCUCGCGGGUCGAAAAAAGGCUAUUAUUACUGGAGUGAGCCUGGCGUCUUUAAUGUUUAUCGUUUUUUGUACUUUCGCACUAGCUUUUUGGUAUGGUAGUAUAUUAGUUGUGGAUGGACAGCUCAGUGGUGGACAAGUGUUGAAUGUAUUCUUUGCUGUUCUCAUCGGUGCUAUCUCAAUUGGCAACGCUUCACCAAAUAUUUCAUCAAUUGGAAACGCUCUCGGUGCAGCAAAAAACCUCUUCAGUGUUAUCGACAGAGUGCCCGUUAUCGAUUCCACCGAUCCCUCGGGUAAAAGAAUUACGAAAUCAUCGGUUAAAGGAAGACUGGAAUUUAGAAAUAUUGAUUUCUAUUAUCCAUCACGACCCGACGUUCAAGUCCUCAAAAACUUCAAUCUUGACAUCGAAGCCGGUCAAACAAUAGCACUAGUUGGUGGUUCUGGUUCCGGAAAAUCCACUAUUGUCGGCUUGUUAGAAAGAUUCUAUAACCCUACUAAGGGGCAGAUAUUCCUUGAUGGUGAAAACAUUAAUGAUAUUAAUAUUAAAUCAUUGAGAGCGCAAAUAGGCCUUGUCGGACAGGAACCAGUUUUAUUUCCGGAGAGUAUUCGACAGAAUAUAGCGUGGGGAACGGCCCCUGAUACACCGGAAGCCGACUUAGAUGAGAUUAUUGAGGCGUGCAAGAAGUCUAAUGCACACGAAUUUAUUAAUGAUUUGCCAAAUAAAUAUGACACAAAGGUUGGUGAGAAGGGGUCUUUGAUGUCAGGAGGCCAGAAACAAAGGAUUGCAAUUGCCCGAGCUUUAAUUAAAGACCCGCCGAUAUUACUACUUGACGAAGCCACUUCUGCUUUAGAUACGGAAUCUGAGCGUUUAGUCCAGGAAGCUUUAGAUGCAGCAUCAUCUAAUCGAACGACUAUAGUGAUAGCUCACCGUCUUUCCACUAUAAAAAAUGCCGACAAGAUUGUAGUCAUGUCUAAAGGAGAGAUUCUUGAAGUCGGUCGUCACGAAGAAUUAAUUUUCAAGCGCGGAGUAUAUUAUGGAUUAGUACAAGCCCAGGAAUUAAAGGUCAAAAAUGAUGCCUCGAAAUCAGGAUUAUUCCCCGAAGAUGAAGAGGAUGACGACCUGUUAGAUGAUGGCGAUAAUAACGAGGAUAUGAAAAUAACAAUUGAAGAUGAGAAGCGACCAGGAAUGGCUUUGCGUAAGGUUUCCACAAAGGCGUCGACCAUAAAAUCAAUUAAGAGUGUUGAGGAGAUUAUAGAAGAAGAAUCCAAGGAAAAGGUGAAACAAUCAGCGCCGUUUACUCGGGUCUUUAAAUUACAAAGGCCUGAAUAUUUAAUGAUGUUCUUUGGAGCUAUUAGUGCAGCUGUAAACGGAGCAAUUAUGCCCCUUUUUUCAAUUAUCUUUGCCACUUUACUGGAUGUACUCUCAAAAACCGAUAGGCCUCAUGAACUUCGUCACGAUGCAAACUUCUGGGCCUUGAUGUUUUUGUUAUUAGCCAUUGCUUCAUUUCUCGCCAAUUUUUUUCAAAAUUUCUCCUUCAUCAUUUCUGGUGAAAAACUUACAAAACGCCUUCGUACAAUAACAUUUGAAAAACUUCUCAAACAAGACAUUGGAUAUUUUGAUGAUGAGAGGAAUAGUACAGGCGUAUUGACCUCUAAAUUGGCGAUAGAUGCUUCAAGAGUAGAAGGGUUAACGGGGACACUUAUGGGCAGUAUAUUGCAGACGGGGACCAAUAUGAUUGCAGGAAUGGCUAUCGCUUUUGCAUAUGGUUGGAAGCUAGCAUUAGUCGUUCUCGCUAUAACCCCCACCAUUCUUAUCUCUGGAUACAUUAAUAUGAAAUCAUUGGCUGGGUUUGGUGCAAAGACGGCAAAAGCAUAUGAAGAAAGCGGCCGAAUCGUACAACAAAGCGUCUCCAAUAUUCGAACCAUCGCAUCACUGACUCGUGAAAACACUUUCAAAGAUCUCUACAAAGACUCUAUCCGAAAACCACAUCGAAUUGCUCUUAAGGGAAGCAUUGUCUCGUCAAUUGGAUUUGGUUUAUCACAAGGAUCAAUGUUUUUUGUUUAUGCCUUAGCUUUUUGGUAUGGAGAAAGGUUGAUCGAAGAUCAGGAGUAUGAUAUGAAACAAAUGAUGAAGGUUCUGUUCGCAGUUAUAUUUAGUGCAAUUGCUGCUGGACAAGCAAGCACUUUUGCACCAAAUUCCGCGAAAGCCAAAAUUGCCGCCCUCUCGAUUUUUGAAAUUCUCGAUCAUCACUCUCGAAUCGACCCAACUCAAAACGAAGGUAAAGACCGUCCAACUCCUGUUACCGGCUCCGCGAAUAUUCAAGACGCCUACUUCAACUAUCCUGCUCGUCCCAAUAUGAAAAUCCUUCGUGGCCUUAAAUUAUCCAUAUCACCCGGUCAAACUGUAGCACUAGUUGGUGGAUCUGGUUCGGGCAAAUCUACUGUAAUUUCCUUACUACUUCGGUUUUAUGACGUACGAAGCGGUGAGGUAAACAUGGAAGAUGUAAAUGUAAAACAAUGGAACCUGGAAUAUUUGCGAAGAAAUAUGGCGUUGGUUGGUCAGGAACCAGUGUUAUUUGAUUUAACUAUUGGGGAGAAUAUUGCUUACGGAAAAGAAGGAUGUACUCAAGAAGAGAUUGUAGAAUCAGCAAAGAACGCGAAUAUACAUACUUUUAUUUCCAGCUUACCAGAAGGGUAUAAUACGCCAGUUGGGGAGCGAGGUACACAACUAAGUGGUGGUCAGAAACAGCGUAUCGCCAUAGCGAGGGCUUUGAUUCGAAAUCCAAAAUUACUAUUACUCGAUGAGGCUACAUCAGCCCUGGAUUCUGAGUCUGAAAAAGUUGUACAGGACGCUCUGGACCGAGCAUCUGCUCAUCGCACGACGAUAACCAUUGCACAUAGAUUAUCGACCAUACAGAACGCCGAUUUAAUAUUGGUGGUAAAGAAGGGAAGAGUCGUAGAGCAAGGCAAACAUUUUGAUUUGAUAGCAGCACGUGGUCUUUAUUAUGAUUUGGUUAAUAGGCAGACACUGGGUGUAAAUGGGGGUAUAUAG